GGUAAAUGUAACCACGUUGGAGGAGGGUUGUUUGCGAUUGAAGAUUUUACGAGGAGGGGAUUACAAAAACAUACUGAGCCUUUAUGGAACGCCAGAACGGUCUUAUGAUACUUUUUUUUAUUAUAUUGGGUGGUUAUGUCAUUAUAUUUGGUACCUAUGUUAUUAUAUUCGGUGAUUGACUCAUUAUACUCGGUGCCUAUUCCAUUAUACUCGGUGCUUAUGUCUUUAUAUGCGGUGCUGUCUUCAUUAUAUUCGGUGCUUAUUCCAUUAUAUUCGGUGCUUCCCUCGUUAUAUUCGGUGCUUUCUUCGUUAUAUUAGGUGCUUUUUUCAUUAUAUUCGGUGCUGUUUCAUUAUAUUCGGUGCUUUGUUCAUUAUAUUCGGUUCUAACUUUGUUUGGUGUUUUCUUCAUUAUUACGGGUCCUAACACUAUUAUAUUCGGUUCUCUCUUCCUUAUAUUCGGUACUUCCUUUUUUCGGUGCUUACUUCAUUAUAUUCGGUGCUUACUUCAUUAUAUUCGGUGCUUGCUUCAUUUCAUUCGGUGCUUUCUUCGAUACGAUCGUCACCAGUCUUCACAAAGGGCCGUACAAUUUGGAGGUAGUCUGUGGAAAGCCGGGAAAACCCAGAAUGCAAUUCUACCCUUCGCGCCAUUUUCCUCGCAAAAUGGAGGACAUUUUGAAAGAACUCCAUCUUCAGGGGUUAGGAGCUAGGUUGAGAAGAGAAAGAAUAGUUCCUUCGACAAUUUUGGCGAUGACCGACGAGCAAAUUGAACGACUGGGUGUUUCAGCGAUUGGAGAUCGUGUUCGAUUGCGACUGCUUUGCAGAGACUUUGAAGAAGGCAGCGCUGGGACCUCCGCUGGCGGUGGAAGUGUUCCUGGCGGAAGACCUUCAGCUGAUGCAAUCCGCGAGGAGCGAGAGAGGCUUUUUAAUCCUAGAGGCUCCAGGACGCAAUCCAAAAACAAGAAAAAGCAAUCUGCACGCACUUGGACUGUUCAGUUUGUCUGUUUGGCUGACAGGUAUCAGUGCAAAAUCCCUUCAGCCACCGAGAAGCAAACAUUGCACAGGGCCGGCCUGGGAGUAAAGAAGAUCAAACUUCAUUUAGAUGACGAUGAAACUUCCGUACAUGGAAAGCUUAUUUCUGGGGAGAAAGAUGAUGCGGGUGAUAUGAAGGGGUUUCCCCAGUUACGGGAAGCAGGUGGAUUUGAAAUGCUUCACUGUCUUCCAAAUUGCCGGGACUUAACCCCCCUCAAGUGUUCUUGGGCCGCCAGAGAAUUGAGAUGCAACCUAGGAGGCCAGUCAAAGAUCUAUCUCAGACCAAUUCAAAGAAAUCUGUCCACCAAAUCUCUUCUUCCAGAAAAUUCUUGUGCAGUAAAGGAAAAAUGCAUGAGCUGCAAAAAGGAAUUCCCAAUGAGUGAACUUCGCGCACAUUCUUUUCAUAUGUGCACUGCUGGUUUUCAUAGUGAUUCUCAUUCAGAUUCAGAAGGGGAGAAAAUCAAGGAAAGCCACACUCUGGAUAGUAAAGUUGAUGCUAUCCUUGUUGAUGAUUCUUUACAACUGGAAAGUAGUCAAGCUGAAGAGGAGCAGGAUUCUCCUGCAGUUUCCAGUCAACCCAUUGCUACAGAUGAUCAGGAUCCUGUUGACACUGUCAUUAGCUAUUGUGAGGCAAACAACAUUCAAAAUCCAGUGGAGAUUCUCCGUUGCAUGCAGAAACACAUUGUUACUGGUAGGGCCUUGGAACUUGAAUCACAUAGCGAAACCUUGGAGGGGAAAACAAAUUACAUCAAUGUGGAUAGAAUGAACCUACUUGAAACCACAAUUGAAGAAGUAGGAGCACUUGAAGACCUUCGCUUAACUUAAGAGGUUUCAUUCUAUGGUGAGGUAGCCCGUGAUUAUGGAGGGCCACGAAGGGAAUUCUUUCGUCUGAUACUUGCCGAGAUAAAAGAGAAAUACUUUGACAAAGGCAUUCGUGAACUGCUCGCAGAUGAUUACUAUCCAGUUGGUGUGAUUAUGGGUUUAAGCAUUGUCCAGAAUGGCAAGGUACCCCAGUUUUUUUCUGAAGAUCAAUUGGAUGAGAUAUUCCAGAGCAAAUCAUCAUCACCAGCGAUUGCUAACCUACAAAAGGGGUUGGCCAAACUAGGAAUCUAUCAGGUCUGCAGGCAGUUUCCCAUAUUUUGCCACAUUUUCAGAAAUAGCACAGCAACCACCCUAACCAUAAAAAAAUUAACAAAUCUUUUGAAGCCAAUGUUCUCUGAAGAGGGAGCAAACCGGAGACGUUAUGAGGGAGUGGUUUAUAGUGCAUUUUGUAGGUACCUACGAGAAGUAACAAGUGGAAGACGAAAAGGAGUAACUCUAGCUCAUGUAUUGUGGUUCACCACAUGGUCAGAUGAAGAACCUCUCUUGGGAUUUAAACUGCAUCUCACAUUAUUAUUUACCGAAGUUGAUAAUUCAUUCUUACCACUGGCAAACACAUGCAUAAAUGCCAUCACUUUGCCAACCCCAUCACUUAAUGUGUCUCUUCCAUCUGACGAGAAGCUAUUUGAUUUAUAUGACUGUGCCUUUUUGACUGGCUACUUCGGUAACCUUUAAAAUUAUUAUUGCCACUA